CGAGCUUGCAUUAUCCAGUACUAGCUGUUGUGUGGGGGUAUGUGGAGGAUUGCUGGUUCUUUUAAACGUGUGAACGCAAACCUGGAACCGGUAAUGGUGUAUAAAGCAGACGCAAGAGCGUAGAUGCACAUCCAAGUCCCGUAAAGGCGGCCUUUCAGAAGCGUGGGAUGGAUUCCACGAAAGAGAAACUGAAGAAGGAGCUGGAGGAGGAGCUGAAACUGAGCUCAGAGGACCUGAGGAGCCACGCCUGGUACCACGGAAAGAUCAGGCGAGAGGCAGCAGAAGCCUUGCUGGAGACAGACGGGGAGUUCUUGAUCCGAGACUCUCAGUCCAGCCCGGGGGACUACGUCCUGACCUGCCAGUGGCAGGACCAGCCCAUGCACUUCCGGAUCAUCCGCGUGGUGCUGCGUCCCAAGAAAGGAUACUCGCGCAUGCUGUUCCAGUUCGAGCAGGACCAGUUUGACAACGUGCCCGCCCUGGUGCGCUGUCACGUGGGCAACCGCAAGCCCAUCUCCGACAAGUCCGGAGCCAUCAUCUCCCAGCCCAUCACCCGCAGCGUGCCGCUCAGGGUCAUCGAGGAGCAGCAGGGCAGCGGUGCCCCCCAGGGGAACUCGGAGGAACAGCACCCCAGUGACAAAAAACCCAAAAGACUCAGUCUGAAUGGAGGCCAGCAGGAUAUCAUAAUGAACGGCAACCUGCUCAGGAAUAAGGACAAGAGUGGCAGUCACCCUGGGAAUCUGGAGGAUCUGGGAAGGAGACCCUCCUUGCAGUCUGCCCAGUCCGACAGUAACCUGAGAUCGGGCGCCACGCAGACGUCCCAUUCAAACAGGGCGGAGCCCCCGCCCCCCUCGCCAGUGUUCCGGACAGGCAGCGAGCCCCUCCUGAGCCCCAAUCUCACCCGUGCCUCCGUGCAGCCUCAGGGAGGUCCUGUACUGAGGGGCUCCGAUGGGCAGCUGCACUCCCGAGCGCCCCCCAAACCGCUGCGCAUUCCCUCGGUCAUCUUCACCAGCCCUCACCCUGAACUCCACCGGCAGAACCCUGAGGACUACUAUGGGGAGCUGGUACCCAGAGCACCCCUUGCAGGGAAGGGUCACGUGGACAGGCUGGCCGUGGAGGAGCGCUGGCAGAGCAGGGCUCGGAUGACAGACACCAGUUUCCAGUUUCUGGACGCCGUGUCGCCCACUCUCUCUGCUUUUUGCGAGCAGGAGGAGGGGGGAGAGGAGGGAGGAGAGGAGGGUGGAGAGGGCCCCCACUUUGUGAGGCCUCAGAUAGAAACGGUCUCCUCUUUCCAGCCCUCCUGCUUCCAGUCUCUCCUGCUGCCGGAGAACAACAAACCCCUGGAGCCGAGCGUGCUCAAGAGGCUGAAGGAAGUGUUCGCAGGCAGCGACGCCAGGACAACAGCACUGCACAUCCUCAAAGUGGACUGCCAGGUGGCGAGGAUGAUGGAGGUGACGAAGGAGCAGAGGCAGCUGAUGGGAGUCGGGUCGGGUUUGGAGCUGCUCACACUGCCACACGGACACCAGCUGAGACUGGACCUGCUGGAGAGGCAUCACCUGAUCGCGCUGGGCAUUGCUGUGGACGUGCUGGGCUGCACGGGCACAGUGAGCCAGCGAGCCUCCGUGUUAAACAAGGUCAUCCAGCUCUCCGCGGAGCUGAAGAACACGGCGGGGGACCUCUACGCGUUCUCCGCAGUCAUGAAGGCGCUGGAGAUGCCGCAGAUUGCCAGUCUGGAGAUGACGUGGAGAGCUCUGCGGAGGAACCACACAGAGAGCGCCAUCGCCUUCGAGAAGCAGCUGAAGCCCUUUUACAAAGCCCUGAACCAGGGGAAAGAUGAGACUCCGCUGAGCCGUACGGCUGUGCCUCACAUCCUCCCGCUGGUGAAGCUCAUGGAGGGGGUGGGGCUGGGCGAGGACACCGAGGAAGGCUGUGAGCAGCUGCUGAAGACACUGGGCGCUGCCCGGGCCAUCACCCUCAAUGCUGGGCUGUACAGCUCCUACGCCAGCUCCCUGCUCAAAGACUUCAAGCCUAAAGAGGAGCUGCUGGAGGUGUUCAAGACGGAGUUUGCACUGCGACUGUUCUGGGGGUCCAAAGGCGCAGAGGCAAAGCAGGAGGAACGGUACCAGAAAUUCGACAAAAUCCUCAGCGUGCUGGCCGGGAAGCUGGAAACUGGGGCAGCGUCCGAGCUCUGAUAAACCCCCCAGGACCACCCCCUGGCUUGGCAGAGGACACUCAGAAGUGUGUUUCACUGUAGAACACUGGUCCUCAACCCCAGUCCACAGGACCCACUGUGUCUGCUGGUUUCCGUUCUAACUGAGCUCUCAAAUUACUUAACUAAAUGAACUAAUAAUUUGCUUAGUUGGGCCUUUUUAAUUGUUUUCAGCUCUCAAACAGCUGGAGAUUUCAAGUUAACUGUAAAAUCGUUUAAAUAACUUGAGAACCUCUUAGGAGCUUAGAAAAAUUAAAAAUGUUGAAUUAAGCACAUUAUUAGUUUAAGGGUUUAAUGAAGUAAUUGAGAGCUCAGUUGGAAUGAAAACCAGCAGACACAGGGGUCCUGAGGACCGGGGUUGGGAACCACUGUUCUGCGAAGGUGGCCGAUCGUAGCGAUCGAACCUGAGGAACAGCUACUGCAUCAGCAGAGAUCUGAGCUUUGUCAAAGAGAUGCAGAGGAGAAACAGUUUCCAUGGAUUUUCUUUUCUGUGAUAAAGGGUGACUGUGGAAAGGUCACAAGGAGUCUGGAUUACCUCUACCUCCUCUCAGGAGUGACUAAACGCCAUGCUGAGACGGCAUCACUUCAGCAAGGAAACCUCAAAUAAUACUGACAGGGGCAUGGUUGAGCACUUGUACUGUACUGUAGUGUGUUGUAAUGAAUACAGAAAACUGUGAUGCAAGUAACCUUUCUAUUCUUAGAAACCAGAUAGAUUUGGAGUCAGUUUCACUGCAAGGGUUACAAGGGUUGAUAUUUUUAUUUUAAAAAAAGAUAUAUAUAUAUAUAUCUAAGUGUUGCAUUGGUUUAAUGCAGACUUUUUUCAUUUUUCUUUUUAAAGUUACAUUGUUAAAGUUUCAGCAGUUACCUCUAAGAAAUAUUGCCAACUUUAACAAAAGCCUGAAGUCUCUCGUACCACAGCAGCACUGUUACAACUAAGCCACCAGGUGGGGCUAAAGGCUAGUAAAAUAAAAAAUAAAUAAAAAAAAUCUUACUAGAAAAGGUUAACAAUAA